GCAUGGUCGCGCUCGUGUGUUGUUUGUUCCGCGUCGGUUCGCGAGACGUCGUCUCGUCAGGUCGUUGAGCCUCCGAAACCGACUGUAGAAUUCGAUAUUCCGCGAUAUCGGGAAUAUCUCGCGAUUAUUUUCGCGCUAUACUUAGCAUUGCCAUAAUAUUCUACGCCGAGCUGUUAUUAAUAGUUACGAUAAAAACAACAUUUGUUGUUGUCACCUAUACGACGAGACCCGCGAGUGCGUUCCAAUCGGUUUUCGCGCGACGAUGUUUCGCAUCAGGUGGACAGCGGUAAUGCUGUUGGUGGCGAUAGUCUUCCUGUCGUCCGAUAGCCAAUUCUGGACACCGGUUACGGGGUCCAACACGUUCAUAGACGAAAACACCAAUCUAGCCGAAGACUUUUUCCCGGACGAAGGAGAACCAGCGCCAAACAUCGAAGAAUACAGUAGCAUUUCCAAUUACGACGACUAUGACACGGACACGAAUUCUUCCACUGCUUACGAAACUGACAGCUCCGAUGUACUUUUGCCGAAAGGGAACAAAUCGAGCGUCAUGCAUUUCGUCCGACAACUGAACAAUAUCACCAGAGACUCGGGCAAGUCAGUGAAGCUCAAUUGCGAGGUGACAGGUGAGCCGCCUCCGCUUAGGAUACAAUGGUACAUGAACGAAGUGCCGGUCGGAGGUUCAGAUGGCGCCGGGGGUGGUGGCGACGGUGGGAAUGGUGAUAAAAAGUCCAAGCCUCGACUGACUGUCAAACGCUUUCAGUCCAGACAUAAGAAUGGACUAGGGUCUAGGUUGCGGAUCAACAAGCUGGAGGUACACGACAAAGGAUUUUUCACGUGCAAAGCCACAAACGGCAUUGAGGAAAUACAGUCUACCGCAAUACUCAUCGUCAAAGUCAACCGUUUCAGCCACGAUGAAUCCAGUAUAGACAUACCUCAUUUCGGAUUUUCAAACCAGUAUCCGGUAGUACUUGAAGGGGAAACCAAAAUCAACUCACACCUUGGAAUCAGUGAACAGCAGAGUCCACUUGAAACUAUCCCAGAGCUUAGUCAAGUUUUAACACAUCCAAUAUGUCAAAUGUACCAAGGAUCACAUUGUUCAAAAUACCUACAAGGUCAAAAUGUAUAUAUACCAGCCAAUUCUUCACAGGCCCUUAUUGAAGGAAACCUAAGUUCAGCUUUUAAAGUUAUUACAUCAUCUACUGAUAUGACCGCUGGUUGUGCAAAAUAUGCUCUUCCUUCCAUUUGUCAUACUGCAUAUCCAUUGUGUAGAAAGGAUAAGACUAUACCUAAGCCAUUGCUUGUGUGCCAAGAGGACUGUGAACUAUUGGAAAACGAUAUUUGUAGUCAAGAGCACGCAAUCGCCAAAAAACAUCAUUUACUUGGACGUUUUGUUAAUUUACCUAACUGUUCUUCAUUACCAAAAACUGAUUGUUUUGAACUUGGUAUUGAAAAACCAGAAGUUGACGAAGAUGAAAAGUGUUACUGGGGAUUAGGAGUUUCAUAUCGUGGCACAAUAUCAUCGUUUCAAAAUCUGUCGUGUGUUCGUUGGAGUCAGCAGUUAAUUGUAAAAACAUCUGAUUAUAAGGAACUACAAGGAGGUCAUCGUUUCUGCCGCAAUCCAGGAUCUGAAGAAAAUGAACCUUGGUGUGUUGUUGAAAUGCCUGACACAGGGCAAAUGAAAAAAGUGAUAUGUGAUGUUCCACAUUGCAUGAGAACUCUUMAAUUACCAAUUUUCAUUGUAAGCACAGUCAGUAUUUCUUUAUUUAUUGUUCUUGUGGUAAUGGUAAUUUGCUGUAUUCGAAGAAAAAGUAAGCGGCGGAAUUCAGCAAUACGCCGUAGACUACCACCUUACACAAAUCAAAAACAAGACAUUGUGAAAGGUAAGACUAAUGGUCUAGAAUUAUCAUCACUAAUACCAGGCUCGAGUGCCUCAAGUCAAAAAUCAGAUAAAUAUUGUAAAGUUAGACAAUAUGCUUUGGGUGAAAUCACAUUUUUACAAGAAAUUGGAGAAGGCGCUUUUGGAAAAGUUUUCAAAGGUCAAGUCGCUAAUGAUAUGGGUACCAUAAUUAUGGUAGCCAUUAAGACAUUGAAAGAAGGCGCAAGCGCUAAGACGGCAGCAGAUUUUAAACGUGAAACUGAUUUAAUGGGAGAAUUACGACAUCCAAAUGUGGUUUGCUUGGUGGGCAUGUGUUCACGUCCAGCAUGUUUAUUGUUUGAAUAUAUGGUUGGUGGUGAUUUACAUGAAUUCCUUAUGGCCCGAUCUCCACAUUCACCGAAUUCCCCAAUAGCACCACCACUUAACCAAGCUGACUUUAUGUACAUUGCUACCCAAAUAGCUUCAGGCAUGGAAUACUUAUGUAGCCAUCAUUACGUACAUAGAGAUUUAGCUGCUAGAAAUUGUUUGGUUGCUGAAAAUCUUACAGUGAAAAUAUCAGAUUUUGGUCUUUCAAGGGAUAUUUAUUCUUCUGAUUACUACAGAGUACAAUCAAAAUCGUUGUUACCUGUAAGAUGGAUGCCACCUGAAUCUAUUUUGUACGGUAAAUUUACAACUGAAUCUGAUGUUUGGAGUUUUGGUGUUGUAUUAUGGGAAGUUUAUAGCUAUGGUUUACAACCAUAUUAUGGAUAUAGCAAUCAGGAAGUGAUUGAAAUGAUUCGUUCGCGUCAACUACUUCCGUGCCCUCAAGAAUGUCCAUCAAGAAUGUACUCUCUAAUGAUGGAGUGUUGGCAUGAGGCACCUGUACGACGACCUAAUUUCACAGAAAUCCACUCUCGACUUAGACAAUGGGCAGCCAUGUCUGUAUCAGCAGCACCCACCAUGACAUACUCUAUGGUGCGCCCUGGGAGUCAAUCUGAUCGUACAGGUGUUGCUCGUGUUCAAUAUUAAAACAUUUAUUUGACCAUAUUCUUCUGUAACAUCACAAGAAUUCAUAAUUACCGUCUUCCACACAUCAAGUUUUAUUCGUGCCAUACAUUUAAUGUUUGUUCAAACUAAAUUUUCUUGUUUAUACUCUUAUCUGCCGUGUUAAAAUUCAUUCAUGUAUAUGAAUAGAAAACGUUACACUUUCAAAUCGCAGAUGACAACACCAGUAUAUUAUAAUUGAAUUCUUUAAAACUGUAAUAUGGUUGUGUUAAUUUUGUUAAAAUUAUAAUGUUAGUAUUGUUUCUAUUAAUAACUUACUAAAUAAAUUAUUAUUACUUGUCAGGUGUACAUAUGUGUUUUUUUUGUAUAUA